UACCUGCUAGUUGCUCACAAAUUGCUACCAUUGCCCAUCAUUCUGCUUUCUUUUCAUCUCCCCUAGCGAAAAGUCCUUUCUUUGUUUUUUUUUUUUUUUGUUUUGGUCGAAUAUCAUCUGAAAAUAUGGCUGGUGACAAGGUGGUUGUGUUGGGUACAUAUGUGAGCAUGUUUAGCAUGAGAGUCCAGGUUGCUCUGGGAGAGAAAGGCAUCGAGUAUGAAUACAAAGAAGAAGACUUGGGUAACAAGAGCCCCCUUCUUCUUCAGAUGAACCCUGUUCACAAGAAAAUCCCAGUUAUGAUUCAUAACGGAAAGCCUCUUUGCGAGUCCCUUAUCAUUGUUCAGUACAUAGAUGAAGUGUGGCAUGACAAGAAUCCCUUGCUCCCAUCUGAUCCUUACCAGAGAGCUCAAGCCAGGUUCUGGGCCGACCUCGUUGACAAAAAGCUUUAUGAUUCUGCAAGGGGGAUCUGGGCCACAAAGGGAGAAGAAAAGGAGGCAGCCAAGAAGGAAUUCAUAGAGAUUCUGAAAACAUUGGAAGGAGAACUUGGAAAUAAGCCUUACUUUGGAGGGGAAAACUUUGGAUAUGUGGAUGUGGCUUUGAUUCCUUUCUAUUGUUGGUUCUAUGCCUAUGAGACCUUCGGGAAUUUCAAGACAGAAACGGAGUGUCCAAAGCUGGUGGAAUGGGCCAAAAGAUGCAUGCAGAGGGAGACUGUGUCCAAGUCCCUUGCUGAUCCUCACAAGGUUUACGAAUUUGUUGUGUCCUUGAAGAAGCAGCUUGGGAUCGAAUAAAGUCUCUUUCAACUUUUUUGGCUAAAUGGGGGAUCGAAUAAAAGUCUACGCACGAAUAUGUAUUUGGGACUGCUUUGUCUUUUUUGGGCUUUGUAGAUCUGUCUUAGAAUCCUUUAGUUUUGUUUGCUUGGCUUGUGAGAAUAAAAGAGAUUUAGCGUCGUCUUCCUGAUAUCCUGGACUGGUAGUAAAUGAUGUUUACUACUACUACUAGGAUUUCAUGGAUAUGCUGCUGUUUAUAUGCAUAUUAUUUCUUCCACAAAUUUAGAGGACAAUUGUCUUUGUCCUCAGUUAAGCAGAGUGUUCGUACAAUGUCCAAAUUAUGUUAAUGUGAUACUCCUUUCUUUUA